GAAGCGCACCCGUGUGACGCACGUGAUCGGCAAUCACUGUUGAUCUGUCAUCUGAGAGCACCCCGGUCUGGUAUGAGCCCCGAAUGCGCAAGGAUGAACAGUCUGUGCGUCUUCGGCUUGUGGCGGCUAACUCGUCCCCCGUGCCGGAUGUGAGUCGUGGGACAUUGGCCAACCGUAUUUCCUCAUAGUACCGACUGCUGGGUCUGCAGCGCACUGCGCCGAGGCUACUUCCCUGAAUACCUCCCUCUUCCUUCACGCGAAGGACUUCGAGAUGCGGCAGCCAAUAUGUUGCAGACUUCCAUCUCACGACGAAGACUCUGGAACACAAUCACUCAUCAUGAUGCACAGGGAAACUUGGUUGUCAUGCCGCUUCGAUAGAACUCUCCCUCCAGAUCCGUUCUGCAUACUUGUCAUGGUUGAUUCUUAGGGAACACCGCCCGCCACCGGUUCAUGGAGAUUCUGCUGUUCCUAGAAGCUCCACGUUUCAGUUUCAGCCUCUGGACCGUAUCGCGACAGAAUCAGGGAGUGAAACCGACACACUAUCUUACGACGCAGGCCGAUCGCGCUCUUCUCCACCACUGCGAUGUGCUUCUGCACCAGUUCUUGCAGCGCGAAGCUAGAAACAAGAAAGGUAGAAUAGCUGCCACAUGGAAGAGAAGACACUCGCGUGCGUUUCGAGACGGCAUUCCCUAUGUCCCACGUCUCUUUUUGCACUCUUUGGAUUAUGCAUGGCUUCAAAACCGGUACGAGCCCUCUCCAAACUAUCGCGAAGACUUGUUUACGUCUCAAUUCAUCUACCAGCCAGCACCAAUCGAGUGGAAUCACGGUCGAGCGUCGUCGACUGGUCUGCCGUUUGGCGAGCAAGUACAGUACAUGAUUGCCGAAGCCAUGUGCUUUGCCAAGGCUGCUGCCUUCAGCACCGAUUGGCGGAUACAGGACUCCUAGACUCUGCCAGCCAAGGCUAGACUGACUUCUCACCGGGAUAGUGCAUUGCCGCAGAAGCUGUUUUCCCUGGUCGUAACGAAUAAAGGCAAGCGCGUCUGAGGAGGGGGGCAUCUCCAAGCCGGCCCAUCGAACCCAGCUCGCCUUGCUGUCAUCUUCACUUUCUGUUCUUUAACCGCCUGCGCGAUCGGAAAGGGUGCUCCGACAUCGCUGUCACAUAACGUUGUCCACAGGACAAUCACGCCGCACACGAUGCAGCUGGUUCAAGUUACGACGCCGGUGCCUUACGAUGAAGUCACCUCGCGUCUGUACGCGCUUCUGGGCCCUUUGAACUCCGCCGACGUUCUUCUGGGCGCAACGUCUGUGGCCGAUCUACAGGCAAGAGUCGGGGCCGUGCUCGGCUCCAGUGGUUUCAUGCACUUCAUCGAAUUCGACCACGGCGCGUGGCAUCAGCUUUUCUACUCGACCCCUACCCCGCGAUUCAAGAUCUACGUCAUCGGGAAUCCGUUCAUCGCCGAAACGAUGGUCCAAUAUGAUCUCCGUGCAGGCUAUAAUGUGCCGCCGCGCCUGAUGAUCUUGGAGGACGGCAACGGCACGAAGAUCGUGCACCACCUCCUGUCCUCCGUCAUUGAUAUGUCGGGGCCGGCCAGCCUGAUGACUGCCGCAAUGGUUUUGGACGCAAAGUUCGAGGCGGUCGUGAACAACAUAACAGCUGCCCUGUGAUAUAACAGGGCGCCGAUGGUGGUUCUUUCGGUUAGAGAUUCUUUUUCCUGGAUGUCGGUCCUGGUAUCAGGAAUCCUGAUGUGUUCCCGCUAUCUACCGCACAUUCCAGUCGCGCUCUAAUUCAACACAUUGAUAUUUCGUAUCUUCCCUCUUCUCACAGCUGGAGAUCGGCAAUCUGAAGCCCUAUGCAUGUGCUCGGGCGGGGUCUGAAUGCCACGAUCGACAACUUGAAGAUUCCGACAGCUGUGUUCCCAAGCCGAUAUCAUUCCCAAAUGUGAGGCAGCGGGCCGUGAGCAUGGUGCGCAGCUGCAACAACAAUCGCUGCUCUUGCUUUCUCGAAAUUCUUAAGCUGUGCAUGUCAAGGGAAUGGCCGCGAUUCUACUUUGUACUCAACUGGGCAAGUUGGGGAUUGGAUUCGUCUCAAGUUUUCCUAAAGAUUUG